AUGCGCUUUUUACGUUGGAGUUUGCCUGUUGCAGUGAGUUUAUAACUGUUUAUUUAUAAAGAUACGUAUAUACGUAUAAAUGAUAUUAUAUAUGUAAAUUUAAACCCAAUAAUUUUGCUUAUACUGUCUAUGUAUAUAUGUUACCCUAAAAGCUUUUUCAUUCACUUUUAUGUAACUCUCAGGAACGUGUGAUCGACUACAUAGAGAACAUGGAAGAGAUAUCUAGGUUGGCAACGAUCAGCAAGUUCUUCUACCGACUGAUAAACAUUGAUUUUAAAAAUUUUGUGCUACAAAAAACUCGGUGUAUCGUCUAGCCGGCGAAACAUGGUCAGAGGCUUUUUCAAAGUAAGUUAUAGCAAGUUAGAGAACGUACCGUACGACAUGUUUAAUACAGUACCUUACUAAAAUAAUUCAGUUAAAUAUUUUUUACAUAUUAGUGUCUAUGUUACAGUACAAACUACCGUACACUUGACGUGAACAUUGAAACAUGCCCAGCAUUAAAGAUCAGGAAGCAUUCGAUGUGCUGUCCUUACACUGGAACGGUGGCACUGAUCUUAGAAGACAACCGAGUGUUAAUAACCAAUAUAGACUUUGCGAAGAAAGUCUUUGAAAUCAUUGACUUCAGAUCUGUUGAAGGUACCAUGGCCAAUCUGCAGCUUAUAAACAAGUCCACAAAGCUUCUAGUAGACAUGACAACAUCGUAUGUUGUGUAUGACUUAGUCGAAAAAGAAAUUGUCAAAGUCUACAGCGCUUUAAAAGAAGAACGUUACUAUUCUUUCACGUUGUAUUACCGUGAAGGCAUUCUAAUUGACUUGUAUAAUCAGAAAGAGUACAAAGUCAAAGCUGCAACAUCACCUUUAAUACGUUGUAUAGUAAACGCUGAUUUGUACGGCUACAGAAAGUACGUUGGGUAUGUGAAUUGCCACCGUGAACUAGUGACAAUUAAUAACUCUACCGGCGAAAAAAGGGUAAUUUGCCAAAAGGAUAAUGAUAGUUAUGAUACGAUACGUAUUUUGGAUAUUGUAGAUCAAGUUCUGCGGCAAGGUAAAUGGUUUUUAAUCCCGCCUCAAGAAUUUGUUUUAUUUAGCUUUAAAAUAUGGUAUAUUUUAAUAUAUUACAGGCAGUGGCACUAGGGUUUUUGAUAUACGGACAAAAGAAAUAGGAUAUUACGGUGGCUCUUGCAAUAGGGUACUAAAAGACUACAGAUUGGUGGGCCUCAAAUACUUUCACCACAACAAUAAUGUAAGUAAAAAAACAUUAACACAUUGAGGACGUUUAAAAGCGGUCUAAUUCUAAAGUAUGGUUUAUUAAAAUAUAUUUUAGCAGAAAAAGUAAAUUUAAAAAAAUAUUUUUUUAUUUUCAGCUGAUCGGAUACUGCGAGAAGAAGAACAAGCUGACAAAAUUGGCAAAAUGGCCUUACAAAGUUCGCAGUGGAUAUAUACUCUAUGCUCAUGCUGAUCUGUUGCCACAAUCAACCACACAUCGUAUAGAAGAAGGCAGUUUGUGUGUCAUAGACCACUUCGGUUGGUCUUCAGGUAAAAAUUAAUUAGUUUUCAUUAUAAAAACCGUAAAAAAAGGCAAUUGAAGGAAUAAAUAACAUCAAUGUCAAUUUGCAGGUCGUCUAGUUUCACAGAAGUUUCGACCAGUAGAAACUAAAGCAGUCGGGUUCAACUACCUUAAACUUUCGGAGAUCAAGGUUGAAGAAGGUGAACUUACUGAAGAUAAAGUGAACAAAGCACGACAGCAAUUCGAAUUAAUAGUACAUAACUUAUCGACAGAUAUUACAAAAGAUGUUUCUGCUUUUCAAAUUUAA